AUGUACGGAAAAGUGUUGUUGUGUUUAACUUUUGUCGCUGCUGUAACAUUGCCAUUGGCAAAUUCUUUGAAAUGUUACGAAUGUCGUGAUGUCAAUUCCUGCAAAAAUCCCAGUACAGUGGAAUGUAAUCAAUCCAAUGCCAAUGCUACACGUGAUGCUCUUUUGAAUAUCUAUCAUAAUAUUCAAAUAACCAAUAGCACACAGUAUUCAUGCUAUGUUGGUAUUUAUAGCGGUGGCAACACUACAGUUUCCGAUGUCCGUGGUUGCCUUCCCUCGAAUGCCGUCAGCUGCAGUGCACCCCUUGUAAAUUCCACUUGGGUAAAACACACUUGCAAUAUCUGUUCCCAAGAUUUAUGCAAUAAGAAAAAUUCCGUCGGUACAUUCUCAUCCAGCAUUGUAACCAUGAUUGGUCUUUUGUUUUUGGCUAAAGUAUUUCUAAAUUAA